AGGAUAGUGUGAAAAAUAAGAAGACUUUUUGCGAACCACAGCAUGUGUGUACUAGUAGCACGAAAGAGCUAUAAUUGCCUACUUUCUACAUUAAUUCUAACAGUUUCCUGCCAAAAAAAUCAUUCUUCCAUUAUUUUCUCAUAACAACAGUUCCCAGGGUAGAGAGUACUAUGAUUUCUUGGCGUUGUCUUCUGUUUUUACUUCUUCCUUUGUUUUUCAUACUAAAAACUGAAGCUAGCGACCAGCUCAUUUUCCGCUACCACGAAUGUAACCAAAUGCUCGGAAACUUCACUGGCGGUAGUGCCUACCAGAUCAACCGUGACACGGUUUUAGAGCAAAUAUAUUCAGACCAAGAAAUAGACUACGGUUUCUACAAUUUCUCGUAUGGCGAAGAACCUGACAAAGUAAAUGCAAUUGGUUUUUGUAGAGGAGACAUUAAUCCAGAGGAAUGUCGCGGUUGUUUGAAAUCAUCGGCUACACUUCUCGUGGAUCGAUGUGGAAUACAAAAAGAAGCAAUUGGUUACUUCGACUUGUGUAGUUUACGUUAUUCAAAUGAUUCAAUUUUUGGUGUCAUGGAAACUAAAACAAGUAAUUAUUUCAAUAUCAAAGCUAAUACAAGGGCGGAUGAUGCAUUUAAUCAAACACUUCUUGAUUUGUUGGAUGAACUUAAAACCGUGGCCGCUGAUGGUGAUUCGCGUAAGAAGUUUGCUGAAAAGAGUGUGAAAGUAAUUGAUGAAUCAAGUAGUAGUAGUAAUACUAAUGACACAAUUUAUGGUUUGGUUCAGUGUACACCGGAUCUGUCUAAGCAAGAAUGUAAUGAAUGUUUAGAUUCGGCUUUCGGAGGUUUUUCAAGAUGGUGUAUGAAAGGUUGUUUAUAUCUUGGUCCAAGUUGUUCUGUUAGAUACGACAACUCUUCCUUUUAUAAAACCAUAGUCCCCGUUACAGAGCAACCAACAGCAGCACCGCAACCUUCCCAAACACUUCCUCCUAAAACUAACACAACAUCUACCGGCAAAGGAAAGGGGAGGAAAUUAAAAACGGCCAUCGCUAUCGUUGUAGCAGUUGUUGUGGCUGGCAUACUGCUUGUGGGUAUAUGCAUUUAUUUUGAAAGGAGAAGGAAAAGACCUGAAUAUACGGCUGAAUUUGAAGGCCAAGAUAAAAAUGAAGAUGAAGAUGAAGCUGAAGCUGGUAAUAAUCUUAAAGUUGGCGACUUGUUGCAAUUUGACUUUGCAACCAUCAGAUUAGCUACAAGCAACUUCUCUGAUGCAAAUAAGCUUGGUCAAGGUGGAUUUGGAACUGUUUAUAAGGGUACGCUCUCAGAUGGACAUGAUAUUGCUAUCAAAAGGUUGGCUAACAAUUCUGAGCAAGGAGAAACAGAAUUUAAGAACGAAGUGUUAUUGACAGGGAAGCUUCAACAUCGAAAUUUAGUUAAGCUAUUAGGUUUCUGCUUACAAAGAAAAGAAAGGCUACUGAUAUAUGAGUUUGUCCCCAAUAAAAGUCUUGAUUAUAUCAUAUUUGAUCCAAUCAAGCGUGCAAAUUUAAAUUGGGAAAGACGCUUCAAAAUCAUAAAAGAUAUUGCACGUGGCCUUCUUUAUCUUCAUGAAGAUUCUCGAUUACAAAUUGUUCAUCGUGAUCUCAAAACAAGUAACAUUUUGCUAGAUGAAGAGAUGAACCCAAAAAUUACAGAUUUUGGAAUCGCAAGAUUGUUUGAUGCCAAUCAAACUCAUGGCAUGACAAAGACCGUUGUUGGAACAGUUGGAUACAUGGCUCCGGAGUACAUUAGACAUGGACAAUUCUCAGUUAAGUCAGAUGUGUUUAGUUUUGGUGUAAUAAUUUUAGAAAUUGUAUGUGGCCAGAGAAACACUGAGAUUCGAGAUGGGGAAAAUAUAGAGGAUCUAUUAGGCAUUGCAUGGAAAAAUUGGAAAGCAGGGACAACUUCAGAUAUUGUAGAUCCAAUAUUACACCAAGGUUUUAAUAAGAAUGAAAAAAUGAGAUGCAUCCAUGUUGGAUUACUUUGUGUUCAAGAAGAUAUAGCUAUGAGACCAAAUAUGAGUUCAGUUUUACUAAUGCUUAAUAGCACCACUUUCCCACUCCCUGAACCUUCGGAACCUCCAUUUUUAAUGCAACCCAAAAGGGCAUUAUCUAUACCAUUAAAUGAACAAUAUUCUGUGCCCACAAAGUCAAGUGAUUCAGGAUCAGGAAGUCAAAUUACUCAAGGAUCAACAAGUAAGUCUUCAGGUAUAGAUCAAUGAUACACGGAUGAAACGAUUGUGCUAAUCUUUUAUAUUCAAUUAAAUUUUGUCUUUCUUUUGGGUUGGGAUUUUAAGCCUUUACUGUUUCAAAUUCUGUAACAUAAUGCGUUAUAGUCUAUUUUGUUUCUAGUUUAUUUUUUAUUUGGUGUUUGUUUCUCUUGUUUUGUAAUAAAGCCCCGAUUACAUAUAUUUGUGAUACAGUUUAGUAAUUUGCUCACAAGCACAUUCCAAUUAUAUAUCUAUGUUUUUAAAUAA